CGGCGGUUGUGUGUGUGUUUGUGGGUAUAAGAGAUUGAAUGAAAUAAAGAGUAUAAUCUUAGGCCAUCACGGCAUGGGACCCGCCCGGCCCUUUUUAUUUUUUAUUUUUUAUUUUUUGUUUUCCUUUUCCUUUCAUAAUUUCUCCUCUCUCUCUAUCACUACAGCUCUUCCUUUUGUCUCGUUGGCACUCUCUUAACCAUUCCACACCAUCAUAUAUACCAAUUCCAUUUUCCCUAUCUUUGGCGUGAGGAUAUUAUUAAUAGUACCCUCAUCUCCUAGUCCCAGCUCAAUACCCCCUUUUUCCUUCUCAUCAUUUUCUAUUUAUAAUUUCACAAAAACUAAAUAAAUUUGGAAAUCAUGUUCUUUACCUUUUCAUUAUUUCCUCUUCAUGAUUAUUAUUAUUAUUAUCAAACCACUACUACUACUCUUCCUCUUUCUUUUCUCUUCCUCCUCUUUCUUAACUACCUUUUCCCAAUCAUGGUUACUUUUUGUAGAAAAAGCGUCCACACUUUUUUAAGUCUAACCACUACUCCUCUUCAUCAUCAUAAUAAUGAUUAUGAUCAUGACGAGAUUAGUAAUAAUAAUAAUACUAAUAACCCCAUUAUUUCUCCAUUGACGACCACGAUUAAUUCCAAAACAACCGGAGGUUUUGGUACACUAGUCACUACCGAGGAGGAUGAAAACAUCACCAUACGAUGUCGUUCAACUAACGAUUUGGAGUCAACAGCUGCUUCUUCAUUCAAAGCCGAUCCUUCUUCGCCGUAUUUUUCCCCGUCGAAGACGAAGGAUCAUCAUCACGGCAGCAGCGGCCGUGGAAUGGGCUUCAUCGACGAUUUCGGCGCCGGCGUCAACGGUCUCACGUCCUGCACGGAGAGUCUUGGUUUCGAAAGCUCCGAUGAACGGAGGGUGGAAGAGGAUGAUCAUCAUGUCAUGGAUAGCGUCGGCGGCGAGGAGUUGACUUUGACCUCGAGGCCGUGGUCAACGUCGACUGCUACAAAAGCGAAAUGUGGUGGGAUUAGGAGGAGGAGUAUUAGGGAUCGUCAUCUGUAUCAAAACCAUGAAGUGAAGAAGUUUCCGCCGCCACUUUCUUCGCUUAACCAGAAUGGUCAACCUAGUUUUUAUCUCCAGGCGGUGAGAAAGGAGGGGAGGUUGGAGCUCACUGAGGUUAGGAUUCAUCGGCCGGAGAUUCUCCGAGCGUUUCGUGAAAAUGGACGGUUGAGAUUGCAAUUCAUAAGAGAUGACGAUGAUUGUGAUGAUGCAGAGGAAGAAGAGGAUUGCAAUGAUGAAAAAGUAGAAGAGAAAGAAAAAGAAGUUGUUCCGGAAGAGGUUAUUAUUUCGGAGGAGAAAAAAGAAGAAGAAGAAGAAAAAGAUGAUGGUGAUGAUGAUGACGAUCAGGAAAUGAAGAUUCCGGUGAGUAGCGGAGAAGGAUUACGGCGGUGUCACGAGGAGGUAGUGAACAACCACAACCACCAUCACCAUCACCAUGGCCAUCAGCACCAAGGCCACGGGCACAGCCGGAGCCACCACCAAUAUCAUCAACAUCAACACCACUUGCACGUGUGGAGACAGACGCAUUGUGUGACGACCAGGUGAAGUCACGUGUGGAAGGGAAUUAGUCUGGGGUGGCACGUACUCAGAGAAAGAGACAGCUAUUUCAUUUUAUUUUUUUCAUGGGCAGCAAAGAAAAGCAGAGAGAAUAUUGUUAUUGUUAUUAUAAUUAAUAAUAGAAAUAAUAUAUCAGAUCAGAGUACAA